UUGUCAGUGUCACUGUCGCGUCAAGAGCGUCACUUUGUUUAGCAAAACGUUAUUUUAAAAAGUGUUUUCUUCGUAGUACUUUUGCUGAUUUGUAGAGCAAAUUAUCAAAUAACAAUUAAGUAAUUGCUCGUUAAUAGUGAUAAAACUAACAAUGGCUCCUCGUGAAAGUAUAAAAGCCACUCCUAAGGUGCAGCGCACCGUAUCGAAGACCAAACCGAAGGCGUCACCAAUUUCGACAAUCAAAAAGACCAUGGCUACAAGGAAACUUGUGGACGCAACUCAAAUUAAAGUAAAUAACACAACAGUGAAGACCCGAGCCAGUAUGGCGCCGCCUUGUACGCCAAAGCCUAAAGAGUCGAAGCCAGUUCCUGCACCCAGCAGUGUCACCAAAAGUGCCAAAAAGGUCCGGAAACCAAAGGCCGCCCACUCUGGAGUCCCUGUGCCCAGCAAAAUGCUCAAACUAAUGAAAUUACAAGCUGCAGGACACUAACUGGAGGAUAAUAAC